AUGGCCUCUCCCCUUAAAGGCACCGCGACCUCCGCAGCAGCCAAAGCAGCAACAGAGACAAAGGCAGCCAUGUCGUCUCCCUCUGCUCCCUCCAGCUCCUCCAUCCGGAACUCUCCUUUCGUCCGGGCUGCCCUCCCCUUCUUCAACGGUGGUCUGGCGGGAAUGACGGCCACCGCCUGCAUCCAGCCCAUCGAUAUGGUCAAGGUCCGUCUCCAGCUCGCCGGAGAGGGCGUCAAGACCGGCCCAAAGCCUACCGCUAUAGGCAUUGCCCGCCAGAUCAUCGCCUCGGGACGCGUACUCGAUCUGUACACCGGUCUCUCCGCCGGACUGCUGCGCCAGGCAGUCUAUACCACAGCUCGUCUAGGCUUCUUCGACACCUUCAUAGGCAUACUGAACAGCCGUGCAGCCUCCAGGGGCGAGAAGGUGACAUUCGUCCAGCGUGCGGCGGCCGGUCUCUCCGCCGGCGGUCUCGCUGCCAUGAUCGGAAACCCGGCCGACCUGGCUCUCAUCCGUAUGCAGUCAGACGGGCUCAAGCCAGCCGCCACCCGAGCAAACUAUACCUCCGUCAUCGAUGCGUUGGUGCGUAUCUCAAAAGCCGAAGGUGUCACAGCAUUGUGGGCCGGUGCCUUCCCCACCGUCGUGCGAGCCAUGGCCCUCAACUUCGGCCAGCUCACCUUCUUCUCCGAGGCCAAGUCACAGCUGCAGACCCAUACAAGCCUGUCGGCGCAGAACAGGACGUUCGCGGCCUCUGCCAUUGCCGGGUUCUUCGCGAGUUUCAUGUCCCUUCCCUUCGACUUCGUCAAGACCAGACUGCAGAAGCAGACAAAAGACCCCAAGACCGGUGAGCUGCCGUACAAGGGUAUGUUGGACUGUGCCAAAAAGGUGGUUCGCGAGGAGGGUUGGCUGAGGUUCUAUCGCGGCUUCGGCACGUAUUAUGUUCGCAUUGCGCCUCAUGCGUGA